AUGAGUGAAGAACAUUUAGAGAAAGAACUGGCUGAAACCUCAAAAUUACUAAAAGAAAAGGCUAAACAUCAAGAAGAUGGUGAAGCCAACCAUGCAAAUGAACCAAAUCAUGCUACUUCUGAACAAAGUAGAUCGAUUAAGGCUUAUUUGUAUGGUUUCUUAACUCUGUUAGUAUUAAUUAUUCUUCUUGUUAUAUUUUAUCCAAGAAGACCACCGCGCUCGCCAUAUUUACCAGUUCCAUACGUAUGGAAUAAGCAAUAUCUUAAAGAAUUAAAACACUUUACGAAAUUUACAGGUCAUGCUAAUGUUUUAAUUGCAACAGGACCUCCAGGAAUUGGUAAAUCAAGUGGAUUAUAUCGUUUUGCAGAAUUAACAAACAAAACUCUACAAACACCUUUAAUUCUCGAUUGUGAAAUCAUAUCAGAAACAGCAAGUGUUAAGGACAUCGGAGCUAUUUUCCUUGAUUUCUUAAUCAAAGGAUUUGAAGAUAUCGACGGAAGACCAAUAAAUCUUACAAUUUUAGCCAACAGUAUUCCUGAAUUAAAGACAAUUAAGGCACCUACACAUCCAGAUACUGCAAAUCUUAAUGAUAAGUCGCUUAUCAAUAUUGCAAACUACGGCGCUUCAAUUCUUAGUCAUAUUGAACAAGAUCCUUCCUCCUCAAUCUUCAACUUCAUGGAAUUAGUUGAUAGAACAACCGAAGUCCUUGGAACUUUCUUAUUUAUAAUAGAACCUUCUAAAUUAAUGAAUCUACAGAACUCUAAAGCCAGAAAAGCAGCUGAUGGCUUAGUUUACUUCAUUAACAACUUUAAGCAAGGAAAUUAUAGAAUUCCAUGCGUUGUUACAGAAUCAAAUCUUUUAUCAAAGAAUUCUCAACAAGUAUAUCAAGAUUUAACAUGGUUUAAGGUAAUAAAUGUUGAAGAGUUCGAUAUACAAGAUGGCAAGACUAUUUUAGUCAAUCAGGAAAGAGUUUUUCCAAAGAAAUUAUAUUUCAAUCUUUAUUCCAAAUUCGGAGGUUAUGGUCAGCUGUUUGUCACAGUUCAUGACCUUAUUCGCGAGAAGGUAUCAAAUCAAGAGACUUUGAAGCAAAUUUCAAAUUAUAAUUCUCUUAAUAUCGCAAAAACUGUUCACCAGGGAGCAGACGGUAAUAAGACUCUAAUAAGUGAUCGCUAUAGCUUCUUAAAGAGACUCACAACUCUUAAGAUGGUCAAAAUUACUCCUGCAAACCAACAUCUUGUUCAUCACUUCUUGGAGCAUGGUGUCGUAAAGCUAACACCUAAAAUGAAUGCUGUUGUACCAUCUAAUCGUCUUAUUAAGUCCAUUAUUAGAGAUGCCAUUAAAUAUGCUAAGAAAUAA